AUGUCUUUUGACCAUUCUACUGACGAUAAACUCGCCUUCGAGACAUCUGAAAGUGUUAAAGUUGUGCCCACUUUCGACUCCAUUGGAUUAAAGGAGGAUUUACUUCGUGGUAUUUACGCCUACAACUUUGAAAAGCCCUCAGCUAUUCAACAAAGAGCUAUCGUACCUAUCAUCAAGGGACGUGAUGUUAUCGCCCAAGCUCAGUCUGGUACUGGUAAAACAGCCACUUUCUCCAUCUCAACCUUACAAGCUAUCGACACCAGCAUCAAGGAAACACAGGCAUUGAUUCUAUCGCCCACCCGUGAAUUAGCUACACAAAUUCAAAGUGUUGUUUUAGCUCUUGGCGAUUACAUGAACGUGCAAUGCCACGCAUGUAUUGGUGGCACCAGUGUGGGAGAGGAUAUCCGUAAAUUGGAAGCAGGUGUGCAAGUCAUCUCUGGUACACCUGGUCGUGUCUAUGAUAUGAUCCGUCGUCGUACGCUACGCACCCGCAACAUCAAAAUGUUGGUUCUCGAUGAAGCUGAUGAACUUUUGAAUAUGGGUUUCAAGGAUCAAAUUUACGAUGUUUAUCGCUAUCUGCCUCCUGGAACACAAGUUGUCCUUUUGUCCGCCACUCUACCCAACGAUGUUUUGGAAAUGACAAACAACUUUAUGACAGAUCCCAUUCGUAUUCUUGUCAAGCGUGAUGAACUGACCUUGGAAGGCAUCAAGCAAUUCUUUGUGGCUGUCGAGCGUGAAGAAUGGAAGUUUGAUACAUUAUGUGAUUUGUAUGAUACGUUGACAAUUACACAAGCAGUAAUUUUCUGUAAUACUAGAAGAAAGGUUGACUGGCUGACUGAAAAGAUGAGAGAAGCAAAUUUCACUGUAUCUGCCAUGCACGGCGAAAUGCCUCAAAAGGAGCGUGAUGCCAUUAUGCAAGAAUUCCGUCAAGGCGCUAGUCGAGUGUUGAUCACAACUGACGUUUGGGCUCGUGGUAUCGAUGUUCAACAAGUCUCAUUAGUCAUCAACUACGACUUGCCUGCUAACCGUGAAAACUAUAUUCAUCGUAUUGGUAGAUCAGGUCGUUUCGGUCGUAAGGGUGUUGCAAUCAACUUUGUAAAGAAUGAUGAUCUCAAGAUUCUGCGUGAUAUCGAACAAUACUACAGUACACAAAUUGACGAAAUGCCAAUGAACGUUACCGACUUAAUUUAA